AUGGAAUCAGAGAAGAAACGCAAAAAUAUUGAUGAUCCAGUUGAUAUUCGUUCAAAAUUUUUAAAAGUAGACAAGCCAAAAAUUGACACUCAACCUGUUUCAAACCUACCAAAAGUUGUUCAUUUACGUCGUUUAAAAGGAAAAAUUGUACAAGAUUGUGAUAUUUAUAUUGGCCGUGCUUGCAAUAUGGGUGGUUGGCGUUUGAGUGAAAGCAAAUGGCAUAAUCCAUAUUCUGUUAAACAAUAUGGACGAGACGGUGCCUUAGAUCGUUAUAGAAAAUAUAUUGAAUCGAAUGAAAAUAAUCUACUCAAUGAUCUACAUGAACUAGCCGGGAAAAGAUUAGGAUGUUGGUGUACACCGAACCGUUGUCAUGGAGAUAUUCUUCGCGAACUUUUCAAGAAAGAAGUUCACCAAUCGAUCAAACCAUCGGGUAAUUAA